AUGGUUGUAUCAAGGAAAAGAACUCGUACUCUAGAGGAAGUGAACUCUUCUGAUGAUGAGGAUGCUUACGAUAUUGCAGGUGAUAUCGCAUUAAAUGUUGACAGCGAUGAAGAUGAUAUUUCUGGGGAUGAGAGUCAAGAGGAAGGUCCAAUACAAGAUGUCAUUGAGUUUUCAAGUGAUGAAGAUGAGAAUGAGAAUGAGAAUGCUCAUAAGAAUCAGAAAGGAAAGGAUAAGGGUAAAUCCAAGCAAGCAGCAAAGAGUUCUACUUUAACUGCUAAUAAAAAGUUCCCAAGUCUCGAGCUUUCAGAUAAUGAAGGCGGGAAAGAUGACGAGUCCGAUGAUGAUAUGAACGAUUAUUUCAAUACUACAUCAGAGGCCGCUUCCAAACAUAAGAAGGGUUCAUUUGCCAGUUUUGGUCUAUCUAAGCUAGUUCUAGUGAAUAUUUCAAAGAAGGGAUUCAGACAACCCACUCCAAUUCAAAGAAAGACUAUUCCUCUAAUUUUGCAGAAACGUGAUAUCGUGGGUAUGGCACGUACUGGUUCUGGUAAGACAGCAGCAUUUGUAUUACCAAUGAUUGAAAAGUUGAAGGUGCACUCGGCCAAGAUUGGUGUAAGAGCAGUUAUUUUAUCACCCUCAAGAGAACUAGCGCUCCAAACCCACAGGGUUUUCAAAGAAUUUUCCAAAGGCUCUGAUUUACGUUCUGUGUUACUUACCGGUGGUGACUCCUUAGAAGAUCAGUUUGGUAUGAUGAUGGGUAACCCAGAUGUUGUUAUUGCUACUCCAGGUAGAUUUUUGCAUUUGAAAGUCGAAAUGAAUCUCGAUUUGAAAUCCGUCGAAUACGUUGUUUUCGAUGAAGCCGAUAGAUUGUUUGAAAUGGGUUUCCAAGAGCAAUUAAACGAAUUACUUGUCGCUUUCCCAACUAACAGGCAGACUUUACUCUUCUCUGCGACGUUGCCAUCUUCAUUGGUUGAUUUUGCAAAGGCUGGUUUAACUAACCCUGUACUAGUUAGACUUGAUGCUGAAACAAAGAUCUCAGAAAACUUGGAAAUGCUAUUUGUGUCCAUUAAGAAGGACGAAAGAGAAGCCAGUUUACUCUACCUAUUACAAGAGGCUAUAAAAAUUCCGGUUGCAACAGAUGAAGAAAUAAGGAAGCUCAGACAACAAAACGAACUUGAUUCUGAUAGUGACGACAGUGACUCAGAAAAGAAAAAGAAAGCUAAGAAAAGUAAGAAGUUAAAGAGGCGACUACCUAGUGCGAACGAAAUGCCCUCCGAAAAAGCUACCAUUGUUUUUGUUCCUACAAGGCAUCAUGUUGAAUACGUGACUACUCUUUUGAAGAAUUGUGGUUACUUAGUCUCUUACAUCUAUGGUACUUUGAAUCAACACGCCCGUAAGCAACAACUCUAUAAUUUCAGAGCAGGUCUAACUUCAAUCUUGGUUGUUACAGAUGUGGCUGCUAGAGGUGUUGAUAUUCCGCUAUUGGCUAAUGUCAUUAACUACUCUUUACCAGGAUCUUCUAAAAUUUUUGUUCAUCGUGUUGGUAGAACCGCAAGAGCUGGUAAUAGAGGUUGGGCAUUCUCCAUCGUAUCUGAAAAUGAAUUGGCUUAUCUUUUGGAUCUUGAAUUAUUCUUAGGUAAGAAGAUUCUACUCACUCCAAUGUAUGAGGCAUCAUGCCAAUUGCUAAAGAAAAAGGCUGAGUCUGAAGGUAAUUUCAACUUCACAAACCCAAAGAUUUCCUACACAACUAGAAUGGUACUUGGGUCUUGUCCACGUCAAGAGCUUGAUAAUAUGGGUGAACUAUAUAACAAUAUGCUCAAAUCUGACUUUGACCUAAAAACUAUGAAAGGUGUAGCAAUGAAGGCUGAAAAGUUAUACUUUAGAACUAGAACACCAGCAUCUGCAGAGUCUGUCAAAAGAUCAAAGGAGAUUAUGAGAUCAGGGUGGGAUGAGCAAAAUCUAUACUUUGGUAAGAAUGCUGAGAAGGAAAAGCUUGAAUUCUUGGCUAAGUUACAAAACAGAGCAAAGAAAGAGACUGUCUUUGAAUUUGCUGGUAAUCAAGAUGAUGAGAUGUCCCUUCUAAUGAAAAAGAGAAGGAAACAAAUUGCACCAAUUCAAAGAAGAGCUAAAGAAAGACAAGAACUUUUGGAGAAAGAAAGAAUUGCAGGUUUAAGACAUAGUAUUGAAGAUGAAAUUCUAAAGGGGGAAGAGAACGAAGUUGGUUACUCUGUUUCUGAUGAAGUUUUAAAGGAAUUCGAGGAUGCAGAUGCUCUUCUUCAAGAACAAGAAAACAACAAGAAGGCAAAGAAGAAGAGUUUCAGAGAUCCAACUUUCUACUUGUCUCAUUUCGCGCCAGCAAAUGAAAUUCAAGAUAAACAGUUGCAAAUAUCAAGCGGUUUCACAAACGAUGCCUCUAAUGCGGCCUUCGAUUUGGGAGGUGAUGAUAAGGUGCAAGUUCAUAAGCAAACCGCAACUGUAAAAUGGGACAAAAAGCGUAAGAAGUACGUUAAUACUCAAGGGUUGGACAACAAGAAGUAUAUUAUCGGAGAAAGUGGUCAAAAGAUUCCUGCAAGUUUCAGAUCUGGUAAGUUCCAAGAAUGGUCAAAAGCAAGGAAAAUUGCACCACUCAAGGUUGGUGCGAGAGAAUCUACUAUACCAUCUAACCUACUUGCAGACCCAACAAGUUCCUCGACUGAACGUACCGUCAGAGGUAAGUUCAAGCACAAAAUGCAAAAAGCACCAAAACUACCAGACAAACAUAGGGAUGAUUAUGCUAUUCAAAAGAAAAAGGUGGAGGCUGCUUUGGAAAGAGGUGUUAGAGUUAAGGGUUACAAUGGUCCUGGUGUAAAGCCCGAGUUGAAGUCUGUCGAUGAAAUUAGAAAGCUAAGAGAAAUCAAAGAAAAGAAAAAACAGAAGAACGCUCGUCCAUCUAAAAAGAGAAAAUUCUAA